CCCCGUCCUGAGGCCUGGGCCACGCCUGUGCGCGAGGACACCCCCCGAAGCUCACCUGGAGGAGGACGCAUGCAGGGCACCCUCGGAGGAGGCUUGGGCCCCGGGCCGUCUGCAGUGGACAGGCGGGUGCUCCUGGUCUGCUGCUUUGUCCUGGCAUCCGCUUCGGGCCAAAUGAAUUUCACAGGAGACCAGGUUCUUCGAAUCCUGGCUAAAAAUGAGAAGCAACUUUCUCUUCUCAGGGACCUGGAGAGCCUGAAGCCCCAAAAGGUGGACUUCUGGCGUGGCCCGGCCCGGCCCAGCCUCCCUGUGGACAUGAGAGUUCCUUUCUCUGAACUGGAAGAUGUCAAAUCUUACCUGGAGUCUCAUGGCCUUGCUUACAGCAUCAUGAUAAAGGACAUCCAGGUGCUGCUGGAUGAGGAGAGAGAGGCCAUGGCCAAGUCCCGCCGGCUGGAACGCAGUGCCAGCAGCUUCAGUUACUCCUCUUACCACACCCUGGAGGAGAUCUAUAGCUGGAUUGACAGCUUUGUAACUGAGAAUGCAGAUAUUGUCUCAAAAAUUUGGAUUGGCAACAGCUUUGAAAAUCGGUCCAUUCCUGUCCUGAAGUUCAGCACUGGAAGCUCUCGGCGCCGGGCCAUCUGGAUUGACGCUGGAAUUCACUCCCGGGAGUGGAUCACCCACGCCACAGGCAUCUGGAUGGCCAAGCAGAUUGUCGGCGAAUAUGGCAAAGACGACAUCCUGACGAACAUACUGAACGCCAUGGACAUCUUCCUGGAGAUCGUCUCUAACCCCGAUGGGUUUGCUUUUACCCACAGCAUGAACCGCUUGUGGCGGAAGAACAAGUCCAGCAGACCCGGAAUCCCCUGCAUCGGUGUGGAUCUUAACAGGAACUGGAGGUCAGGCUUUGGAGGAAAUGGUUCAAAUGGCAACCCGUGCUCAGAGACUUAUCGUGGGCCCUACCCUCACUCCGAGCCAGAGGUGGCUGCCACCGCCAACUUCAUCGCAGCCCAUGGGAACGUCAAGGCUCUGAUCUCCAUCCACAGCUACUCUCAGAUGCUCAUGUACCCGUACGGCCACUCUCUGGAGCCUGUUUCAGACCAGGAGGAGUUGCACAAUCUGGCCAAGAGUGCGGUGCAGGCCCUGUACGAGGUCCAUGGGGUCAAGUACAUCUAUGGCAGCAUCAGCACCACCCUCUAUGUGGCCAGUGGGAUCACCCUCGACUGGGCCUAUGACAGUGGCAUCAAGUACGCCUUCAGCUUUGAGCUCCGGGACACAGGGCGCUAUGGCUUCCUGCUGCCAGCCUCCCAGAUCAUCCCCACGGCCCAGGAGACGUGGAUGGCCAUCCGGACCAUCAUGGAGCACACUCUGGAUCACCCCUACUAGCAGCAGGGCCACAUGCAGAGCAGGAGCGCCCAUCCUAUUCUGCAAGGCCUCG